AUGGAGGACUCAUGUUUCUACAACCUGUGGCCCCAAAAGGAUGGUGUCAAGACCUUUUAUGGCCAUAAACCACCUCCAGGGAUUCAGUCUCUUCAAGUUGAAGAAGAGGCCUUUGCAAUGGUGUUACAAAAUAAACAGUACCGGGCCCUGACCGUGGCUGAGCUCACUCAGCAGCUGUUUGAUGCUAAGAAUAUGAUGGCCGCCUGUGACCCCCGUCAUGGCCGCUACCUAACCGUGGCUGCCAUUUUUAGAGGUCACAUGUCCAUGAGGGAGGUGGAUGAGCAAAUGUUCAACAUUCAUAAUAAGAACAGCAGCUACUUUGCUGAAUGGCUCCCUCACAACGUGAAAACAGCCGUCUGUGACAUCCCACCCCGGGGGCUAAAAAUGUCGGCCACCUUCAUUGGUAACAACACAGUGAUCCAAGAGCUCUUCAAAUGCAUCUCUGAGCAGUUUACAGCUAUGUUCAGGCACAAGGCCUUCCUGCACUGGUACACGGGCGAGGGCAUGGAUGAGAUGGAGUUCACCGAGGCCGAGAGCAACCUGAAUGACCUGGUGUCAGAAUACCAGCAAUACCAAGAUGCCACAGCUGAGGAGGAGGAGUUUGAGGAGUGUGCAGAGGAGGAGGAGGAGGUAGCCUAG